GUUUAGUACCAGGAAGUUAUUUGAAGGUCUCAGCUGACAUCGACAUCGUUAAAGGAUUCCAAUGUGUGUGUUUAUGGUCCUGUGACGGGAGAGAGCAUCAUGGGAAAUACUGAUAGUGCGUUGGUGCAGAAGCAUUUGUUUCGCUUCCGUCCUGAAGAUCGUCCGGCGGUUGAAGGAGUGUUUGACAGACUUCAAGGUGACAUGAGGACGCCUGCAAGGAACACUGUCACCUUUCCUAUGUUGCAGGCCUCCAUGAUCGGAGUGUCACCAGAGUCUAUGGUGAAGAGAUUAUUCAAGUGCAUGUGCAGUAUAGACGCCACACCAACAGCAUCUGGCAAAGUCAGUGCCUCCUUGGCUUCAGGAGUGUGUCGAGAGCAGUUGCUCAUCUUCCUCGCAGACGUGUUGAGGGGCACUGCUGAAGAACGAGCGCCUCUUGUUCUGGCCAUGUCUCAGGUCAGAGAAAGCUCCAAGACUGUCACCUUUCAGCAAGUAACAGAGUUCUUACAGGACUUGAUCUUUGCUGUAGUCCAGAUUCUGGUCUGUAAAGGACGCCUUCAGGGAUGGAAACCUGAAAAUAUGGGUGAUUGCUCUCUAGGUGUCAAACUUUUGGCGGAGCAAAUGUGCGCAGAACUCAAACCCACAGACCAAGAAGUCUAUGAUGUUACCCAUUUGCAAGAUUGGAUCUUUAGAGUACCCCAGGUAUCUUUGUACCUGAUGAUGCUGGUAGUGGAAGGGCUGAAUGUGUCCCUAAGUGUGCAGUUAACACACACUCCACUCCCUCCUUGUAAAGACACACCCUGGAAAGAGUUCAAGUGUCUGCUUGAUAUCCCCACUCUCAUGUUUCUCGCACCACAGCUGCCUGACGCAUACUGUGCAGCUUGGAGACUUGUAUUUUCCACAAUGCUGCACGGAGAGAACUUCACACGAAUGGUGGCUGGACUGACACACUGCGGACCCACUUUGCUGCUCAUCAAAGACACAAAGGGAUAUGUUUUUGGUGGCUUUGCCUCACCCAGCUGGGAAGUCAGACCUCAAUUCCAAGGCGACUCCAGAUGCUUCCUGUUCUCAGUCUUCCCUAGAAUGAGAGUUCACACAUCGACAGGUUACAACCAACACUUCAUGUAUCUAAACCAGAAUCAGCAGACCCUGCCCAACGGUCUGGGCAUGGGUGGUCAGCACAACUACUUCGGCUUGUGGUUGGACAGUAAUUUUGGACGUGGUCACAGUCGCGCACGACCAAAGUGUACAACCUUUGCUAGUCCUCAACUUUCAGCAGACGAGGACUUUAUUCUGGAUUCCAUGGAAGUAUGGGCAGUACGAAAACCCUCUGAGACAGAGAAGGAUGAUGAAGGUAUGGGGAAAAAUAGUGUCUUGGAUGUGGAUCCAGAGGUCCAGGCCAUGAUGGAGAUGGCAGGGAAGACUCUCUACAGUCAAGGUCUCAGAGAGCCACAGGACGACCAGGAGCAAAGAUAAAUAUGAAUAUGAAAAACUGCUUAUUUUCAGUCAAGGUCAUCAGGCACUCUUUCACCUUUUUGAAGUGUCAAAUGCUUUGCAAGAACUUGGCAAGGAUGAACAUUCUCCUCCAUGGCCUUAGCGAAUUUCUUGCUUUAGCUUUUUAGAGCGGUCAGCUGCCUUGUGAGUCACACGGCAGCCAAGCUGGCUAAGACUCCUUCUUUUGCUUGAAGACCUCCUUGACCUCUGGUAGGUUUCUGCCAUGACUAUAUUGUAGGGAUGAUGUUUGAUAAGGAAUUAUCGAGUUCGAGCCUAUUAUCGAAUCCUCUUAUCGAACCGAUUCCUUAUCGAUUCUCUUAUCGAGUCCAGAUAGGUUGUUGUAUAUGGGAAAAAAAACACAAUACUUGGUUUAAAAAAAGCUCACUUUUAUUAUAUAAUAAAAAAAUAAAAUCUAAUAAAUAAAUAAAUAUUGACUGUUGCCCACCUAAAAAAUAAAAUAAAAUAAAUAAAUAUUGACUGUUGUUACCCAAAGUAUAUUAAGUGGGAUUUUUCAGAAAAACAAAUAUAUACAGUAACACAAAAACAACCAGUCUCUGUGAUCACUAUAGGUGUAUAAAUAAUAAUAUAGUGUUAAAUAAAAUCAGUCCCUUGGGCACAAAACUGAAAAUAAUACAGCUCUCCAAAAAGUGCACUUCUGCUGCUAUUUGACAUAACUGUUUGUUAUGAUGCUUUGACAUUUUUGCACUUUAUUUCUUUAUUGAAAGAAAAUUCUAUGAAGAGAAAUGUUCUUUGCAAAUGUGGUUACAAUGCUAAAAAAUGAAAAGUUAAAGCUAAAAAAAGAAAUACACUUUAUUGAGUUAACAUUAUUUCUUUAUAGGGGGAAACAUGUUAUGAGCUAGAGCAGGGGUCACCAACCUUUUUGAAACCAAGAGCUACUUCUUGGGUACUGAUUAAUGGGAAGGGCUACCAGUUUGAUACACACUUAAAUCAAUUGCCAGAAAUAGCCAAUUUGCUCAAUUUACCUUUAACUCUGUUAUUAUUAAUAAUUAAUGAUAUUUACACUUAAUUGAACGGUUUAAAAGAGGAGAAAACACGAAAAAAAUGACAAUUCAAUUUUGAAACAUAAUUCAUCUUCAAUUUCGACUCUUUAAAAUUCAAAAUUCAACCGAAAAAAACCAGAGAAAAACCAGCUAAUUCGAAUCUUUUUGUAAAAAUUAAAACAAUAAUUUAUAGAACAUCAUUAGUCAUUUUUCCUGAUUAAGAUUAAUUUUAGAAUUUUGAUGACAUGUUUUAAAUAGGUUAAAAUCCAAUCUACACUUUGUUACAAUAUAUAACCAAUUGGAAGAAGCUAUAUUUCUAACAAAGACUAAUCAUUAUUUCUUCUAGAUUUUCCAGAACAAACAUUUUAAAAGAAAUUCAAAAUACUUUGAAAUAUGAUUUAAAUGUGAUUCUACAGAUUUUCUAGAUUUGCCAGAAUAAUGUUUGGAAUUUUAAUCAUAAUAAGUUUGAAGAAAUAUUUCACAAAUAUUCUUCGUCGAAAAAACAGAAGCUAAAAUGAAGAAUUAAAUUAAAAAAUAUUUAUUAUUCUUUACAAUAAAACAAAACAAAACACUUGAACAUUGAUUUAAAUUGUCAGGAAAGAAGAGGAAGGAAUUUAAAAGGUAAAAAGGUAUAUGUGUUUAAAAAUCCUAAAAUCAUUUUUAAGGUUGUAUUUUUUCUCUAAAAUUGUCUUUCUGAAAGUUAUUAGAAGCAAAGUAAAAACAUUUAUGAAUUUAUUUAAACAAGUGAAGACCAAGUCUUUAAAUAUUUUCUUGGAUUUUCAAAUUCUAUUUGAGUUUUGUCUCUCUUAGAAUUAAAAAUGUCGAGCAAAGCGAGACCAGCUUGCUAGUAAAUAAAUAACAUUUAAAAAAUAGAGGCAGCUCACUGGUAAGUGCUGCUAUUUGAGCUAUUUUUAGAACAGGCCAGCGGGCUACUCAUCUGGUCCUUACGGGCUACCUGGUGCCCGCGGGCACCGCGUUGGUGACCCCUGAGCUAGAGAAUAUAACAACUACACUACCCAGCAUGCAACGGGAGUUACGAGCAUGCGCGGUAGCCCCGAAAAGUGUUGCAUGUUGCCAGGCUGUGAAACGCGCCUCGUCUGCAUUAUUUAUAAUUAGACAGACAACACAUCUACAGAGUGAUUUUGUUUUGUUUACAAGGAAAGAAAAACAAAAGUUAAAAAAGGGAGAUAUGUUGUAUAUAUGUAUGUGCUGCGGUUGUUUUAAGAACGUUGCGACAGCUGCCGUAAAGGAGGUGCAUUGCUAGCCUGGUUGCUAUGUUUCCGGUUGGUCGUAAAAGUGUUCGUCAUGUGUUUUACCCUGCUAAAAUCUCUCAGUAAAGUUAUUCGAUGGAUUAUAGCUUUUGUUUUGAACUUUAUUACACCUUGGAGCGCUUUUUCCCGUCCAUUGUUUUCCUGCUUUCGCUAUCUGCACCUAAUGACUGAGCUACGUGACGUCAUUUCUUGUGAUGUCCCACGGAGCAUUUCUGGUCGGGACGGGAUUCGAAUAAAGAAUCAACUCUUUUCCUUUACUAUAGUGGUCUCGAUAAUGGGUACCGGUUCUCAAAAAGGGAUUCGAGUUCGAGGACUCGGUUCUUUUCUUAUCAAACAACCGGGGAAACCGGUUUCGAGUAUCAUCCCUACUAUCUUGUGACCAGAGCCUCAGCUUAACCCCUCUUUUCAUAUGAAGUGUCCAAAAAAAGCAGUAAAACUACAAAGAUGAUCGUAGUGUUCUGGUGCUGCUGGAAAACAUGAGUUCAAUAACAUCGCUUGCUGGAAACCUUCGGGAUUUAGAGAGAAUGUGUAAAGAUGAUUGAAGACAAAUGGACAACAGAAUACAAUGAUUUGCAAAUCCUUUUCAAACUAUAUUCAAUUGAAUAGACUGCAAAGACAAGAUAUUUAAUGUUCGAACUAAGAAACUAAAUGUUUCUUUGCAAAUAAUCAUUAACUUAGAAUUUAAUGGCAGCAACACAUUGCAACAAAGUUGGCACAGGUGUAUUUUUACCACUGUGUUACAUGGCCUUUCCUUUUAGCAAUACUCCGUAAACGUUUGGGAACUGAGGAGACCAAUCUUUUAAGCUUUUCAGGUGGAAUUCUUCCUCAAUCUUGCAACAGUCCAGGUCUCCGUUGUGGUAUUUUAGGCUUCACAAUGCGCCACACAAUUUCAAUGGGAGACAGGUCUGGACUAAAGGCAGGCCAGUGUAGUACCCGCACUCUUUUACUACGAAGCCACAUGCAGAAUGUGGCUUAGCAUUGUCUUGCUGACGUUGCUUGGUGCUUGGAUGACAACAUGUUGCUCCAAAACCUGUAUGUACCUUUCAGCAUUAAUGGUGCCUUCACAGAUGUGUAAGUUACCCAGGCCUUGGGCACUAAUACACCUCCAUACCACCACAGAUGCUGGCUUUGAACUUUGCGCCUAUAACAGUCCGAAAGGUUAUUUUCUUCUUUGGUCGCACAGUUUCCAAAAACAAUUUGAAAUGUGGACUCUCCAGAACACUUUUCCACUUUGCAUCAGUCCAUCUUAGAUGAGCUCGGGCCCAGCGAACCCCUCUGCGUUUCUGGGUGUUGUUGUUAAUGGCUUUGCAUAGUAGAGUUUUAACUUGCACUUACAGAUGUAGCAACAAAUUGUAGUUACUGACAGUGGUUUUCUGAAGGGUUCCUGAGCUCAUGUAGUGAUAUCCUUUACACACUGAUGUCGGUUUCUGAUACAGUACCUCCUGAGGGAUCGAAGGUCACAGGCAUUCAAUGUUACGUGCAGUGAUUUCUCCAGAUUCUCUGAACCUUUUGAUGAUAUUACAGACCUUAGAUGGUGAAAUCCCUAAAUUCCUUUCAAUAGCUGGUUGAGAAAUGUUGUUCUUAAACUGUUGGACAAUUUGCUCAUGCAUUUGUUCACAAAGUGGUGACCUUCGCCCCAUCCUUGUUUGUGAAUGACUGAGCAUGUCAUGGAAGCUGCUUUUAUACCCAAUCAUGGCACCCACCUGUUCCCAAUAAGCCUGUUCACCUGUAGGAUGUUCCAAAUAAUUGUUUGAUGAGCAUUCCUCAACUUUCACAGUCUUUUUUGCCAUUUGUGCCAGCUUUUUUUAAACAUGUUGCAGGCAUCAAAUUCCAAAUAUUUGCAAAAAAUAACAAAGUUUUUCAGUUUGAACGUUAAGUAUCUUGUCUUUGCAGUCUAUUCAAUCGAAUAUAAGUUGAAAAGGAUUUGCAAAUCAUUGUAUUCUGUUUUUAUUUACGAUUUACACAACGUGCCAAUUUAGUUUUGUUGAUAUACGAAAAAUAUGGGCUGUUAUAGGGCUGCCCCUCUGUUCGUACAGAUCACGCUCUGUGCAAAGGUCGCAGCAAUCUGUGAGAUUACACUGGUCUUGUCAUGCAGACAUUUUAGGAAGGUUUGCUAAUUUAUGUUUUAGUUAUGUUAUAUUUAUUAUUUUGCACUAAAAAUAAAUGUAUUGAACAAUGUCUUGUUAGUACAAAGCAUGCAUUAAAUUAAAGUUAGUUACAAAUAGUAUAAAAAUCGUUUCACACAAGCAAUACAGUGUGAACAAAUGUUCUGCUUAGAGCCCCAAUUUAGCCAGACUGUUCAUGUCUUUGUAAAGAUAAAAAUGUGAAGAUCUAAUAUUUAGGUCCCUCCAUUGUGUUAUUUAAACCUGCCUAUUUAAUUGCAUGGCACCAUUUUCUAUUGCUGUAGUUUUAAGUAUAGUCAUCAUUUUGACUCAACUGUUUUGCGACCUCAAAAGGGACAAGCGGUAGAAAAUGGAUUGAUGGAUGUUUUGAAAUAUUUGAUAUUUUAUUUCCUAUCAUUCUAAUUCAAGUUGACUUUGGUUUGAUGUGUUGAAAGAACAAAGAACAAUUUUUGAGCUUUUGAACCCAUAAGUCAAUACUAAGUAAAAUAUACUACAGAACAAAUAACAUAUUAGUGAUGUUCUAGUCAAAUAAUUUAUGUUAAAAGUGUGUGAUGUUAAGUUAAUGUUGAGUUUGAGUUUAUUUCGAACAUGCAUACGAUUACAACAUGAUACAUCACAAUUUCCAGUUUCUCUUUUCAACAUGGUUCGAAAAGGAGUAGGAAGAAGCAGAGUUUAUUUAAUCCUACCCCUUUUCCGUUACAUAGCAGUUGCUAACACUUUUGUUCACUUCUUGUUCUAAAUUUAUUCACAAUGUACUCUAUAAAUAAAUAAUAAUUAGUGAAGUAAGUUGUAU